AUGAAGCUCUUCCAUGCCAUUUCUCGCCGGCGCACACUGUUGUGCGUCGCGGUCGUGUUGCUGUUUUUGGCCGUCAUGAUGACCUUUGUGCGUGCCCACGAGGAGGUGGACGCUUCCAUGGAUGCUGCCGGCGAGCGUGUUGCACAGCAUAUUUCGGUGACGGAAAAAACUACCGAGGAGGCCCGAGCCGCCGCCGCUGCAGUGCAGACGGCUGAAGCUGAGGCUGAUGUCGAGGAGAAAGAGGAACUGGCAGAGCGUCAGCGUCGCCAGGAGGAGUUGCUUCAGCGCCGGGAGCAACUGGCAGCGCUUCGCCGCCGCGAGGAGGAACAGGCAGCGCUCCACCAUCGCCAGGAGGAGGAGCGUCAGCGCCAACUGGAGGAGCGUGAGCGUGAAGAGGAGGAGCGUCAGCGCGAAGAGGAGGAGCGUCAGCGCGAAGAGCAGGAGCGUCAGCGCCAACUGGAGGAGCGUGAGCGUGAAGAGGAGGAGCGUCAGCGCGAAGAGGAGGAGCGUCAGCGCGAAGAGCAGGAGCGUCGGCGCGAAGAGGAGGAGCGUCAGCGCCAAGAGGAGGAGCGUCGGCGCGAAGAGGAGGAGCGUCAGCGCCAACUGGAGGAGCGUCAGCGCGAAGAGCAGGAGCGUCAGCGCCAACUGGAGGAGCGUCGGCGCCAGGAAAAGGAACUGGCAGAGCGUCGGCUCCGGGAGGAGGAGGAGCUUGAGCGUCGCGAGGAAGAGGAGAGGGCGAAGCGGAGGAUCGACUCUGUGGACAUGAUCCACUACUCUGCCGAGAUGCUGCCGCAGGGUUGUGCGAAGGGCGUUGAGGAGUACCUCUUCCGUGUGCACGAGCACCGCCAGCAUAAGGCGACUGCGGUUCGUGACGCCCGCUCGGCGCUGAAUGAGGCCCGCGUGCACGCCCCGAACAAGGUCGCAGAGCUGGAGAAGUGGCUGGCUGCGAGGCAGGACGACCUGCUCGUCUACGACAUCCAGACGCUGCGCAUGUAUGGCGGGAGCGUGCCCAAGACGUGCAUUGAAGAGUCGCAGGCGUGGCUCGAUAGCCAGCCGGACUUAUCUUCAAUGGGUGAAUACAAGCAAAGAGCCUUUUACCUUCUUCGUCUCACCACCACGCAUUGCAAGACUCUGUAUCUGACCGCGAGUGGCUUUGCGCAGUACCUGAUCCACUCCUACACCCCCGUUGUCGAGUCUUACACGAAGUCGGUGGAGUACUACUGUGACAAGGCGACUGCCAUAUAUGCCGAGCUGCUGCCUGCGUCCGGCAAGCGGCCGGAUAUGCCGCUGAUGGAUCUGGCGAAAAAGGCCGCGGUCAUGGUGGGCUACGCGGCUGUACCGAUCGGCCUCGGCGUUGCGGCCGGCACUGUCGCUGUCACUGUGCUGCCCCCGGUGGUGGCGGCGUUGAUCAUCUACGAUUAUGUGUACAAGAUCUGGGUGGAGCUCUUCAUCGCGUAUUACACCUACGGGGCUAAAAUGCCGGACGGCGUUGUCACCGCUGUCAAGAGCACUGUGGCCGCGGCACGGGCAGGUGAUUGGACUUCCAUCGGCGACAGCAUGCUAGACGCGUUAGUGGACCUUAUUCCGGAUGCGGAGGACAGCUUCUACAACGGCAUCCUUGCCGUUUACCUGCUUAGCAGUGUCGCGGUGAUUUGCGCGAUGCUCAUUUUCGUGUGGUGCUCUUGCUGCAUCGGUGGCAUGCGCGGCAAGAAGACCGCGAAGCCGUACGCAGCGGCUUCGCACAGUGCCAGCGGGAGCAGCAACGACAACAAGAAGGCCUCCGCCACAGGUGGUGCGGCAGCUGCGGCUGCCAAGAAGAAGAACUAA